AUGUUUGGAACAAAAAGUGCAUUAAGGAAAGUAUUGAAUAAACGAAAAAAUGAAAUCAAAAAUGGUAGCAGUACUAAUAAAGUUAAUGUUGGCGACAGUGGAAGCAGCAGUGGCGGUAGCAGCAACAGGAAACAGGGAACAGCUGAUGAUGUUGCCGCAAAAAAUGUCUGCGGUCUAGGUCAUCGUCAUCAAUCGUCGUCAUCAUCGGUGACCACCGAUGGUGUAAAUGUUACCACUACCAGUAGCAUCACCACCACCACUACUACUACUACUACUACUGCUGGUGGACCAUGCUAUUUCUGUUCCAAUAUGGAAACUGAUUGUAAAUGUGCAACAAAAAUGGAUGUUGUUGCACCACUGCCACUACAUUUGACCAGAUUUACACUACUACAUCAUUCCCAUCAUCAUUCGUCGCUUAACAAAGAUUAUCAAAGUCGAGAUAACGUAUAUGCACUGUUUAUGAAGGCACAUCACUGCUUUGAUCUGAUACCGCUAAGUGUCAAAAUAACGGCAAUUUCUUCUGAUUUACCGGUACUAAAAGCAUUUUGCGCUUAUGUGUAUAAUGGUGUCCGUGCAUCACCACUUUAUUUUAGCGAUAUUGGAGGUUUCAACGGAAUGGUUACUGCCAGUGAUUUUAUUGAAAUUAUGACUAAAUUUUAUCAUGAAGGAUCACUUAACGAAGUGCUGAAAGAUUUAGAAGGCUUUACACUAAAUGACUGGUUGUCUAUGUUGCAAACAAAUGGUUGCAGGUCAAAACGCUUUGUUUACGUUGAUCCACGUGACAGCUUGUUCAAGGCUGUACAGGAAAUGUGCAACAACCAUAUACAUCGUUUGGCAUUAGUUGACAGGACGAAUGGCAACGUUGAGUUUAUUGUAUCCUAUAAACGGCUGUUAAAAUUUGUUUUUAUUUAUAUAAAAGAUCUUCCUUACCCUUCAUAUAUGUGUAAGAGACCAAAGGAUCUUGGGAUUGGCGAGUGGAACAAUGUAGUCACAAUUGCUGAGAACUCGAAAAUCAUUGAUUUGUUCCGUGUAUUUGUAGACUCCAAGAAAUGUUUCCUACCGGUGGUAAAUGAACAAAAAAAAGUACGCUUCAGCCACUUUAGUAACUUUCACGGCGUGUACACCUGUACAGAGGAUGAGUGCUUGAUGACUGUAUUUGAGCGAAUGACGAAACACGACGUUCAUCGUUUGGUCGCUGUUGACGAAGAAAUGAAUGUGGUUGGACUCGUUUCAUUGACAGAUAUUUUCCGCUUUUUGGUACUUCAACCACCAUCAACUGCUGGACCGAGAAUUCCCAUUGAAGAUAUAAUAAAGGUUAGUAGAUGGAAGCAAAACAUCAUGUUACGCCAGCAGCUGCUUAAACAGAUUCCAAACAAUACAUGA